AUGCCGUUCACAACUGGAGAAGAGAACUUGCUUCGGUUGAACGGAGAGGAUUUUGACUUUAACAUCCAAUUCGAGCAGUUGUUCUUCUCCGUCAUUCCGUCUGCUUUGUUCAUCGUAACAUCAUUAUGGCGGACUUUUUCCAAGGCACGGAAGCCCACCGUGGUGAAUGCGCCGGUUUUCCAAUUUAUCAAAUUGGGUGCUAUCACAGCCUAUGUCGGACUUGAACUUUCACUACUUAUCUUAGUUGCGGCUGGGUCCUUCCAUGUGACCAACAUGUUCAUAGCUUCCUCGGUCCUCAACCUUGUCUCAGCCCUACUCAUGAUCACGCUGAGUGUUAUCGAUCAUAGCAAAAGCCCAAAGCCGUCUGUAUUACUGAGCAGCUACUUGUUCCUGACACUUUUCCUUGACACAGCUCAGGCAAGAACGCUAUUUCUGUUAUCAGAUAACAAACCUGAACUCACUUAUAGCAGCAUCUUCGUUGCUGCUAUAGCUCUGAAGGCCGGAAUAUUGCUAUUAGAAGCCCAGCAAAAGUCCACAUGGGUGGACUGGGACGAGAAGGAGCAUAGUCCAGAGGAGACCAGUGGCAUCUUCUCCUUGGGAGUCUUCUUCUGGCUGAACAAGAUGUUCCUAGUUGGCUACAACAAAGUCUUGACGAUUGGGGACCUUUACCCUCUUGAUAGCUCCUUUAACGCCAUAUCAGUCCACGGCGAGUUCUUGAAGAAAGUGGAUUACUCUCAUUUAAAGGGUGACAAAUUUGGUCUGGUGAAGGUGCUCAUGCGUACGCUGAAAGUUCCUCUUCUACUUCCUAUACCUCCACGUUUAGCACUUCUUUGUUUCACAUUUUGUCAACCGCUUUUCCUUGAAAAGCUGUUGGAUUUUCUAUCACAGCCUGAACUUGACGAGAACGUCGGAUACGGCUUCAUCGGUGCUAGCAUAUUUAUCUACUCGGGACUUGCUAUAUCAAUGGCCUUUUACUGGUACUUCCACCACCGAAUGCGCACUAUGGCUAGGUCAAUAUUAGUCACGGAAAUUUUCAUCAAAGCCACAAAAGCUCGUAUCGGAACUGGCGAUGACAGCGCGGCGCUCACUUUAAUGAGCACAGACAUGGAGAGAAUCAACACAGGUUUCAAAAAUCUGCAUGAGAUUUGGGCGAGCAUAAUUCAAGCAGCUCUUGCCGGGUGGAUGUUGUACGGCAGACUGGGUAUAGUGUUCGUCGCACCAAUGGGUCUUGUUAUAAUCUGUUUUAUUGGCUUGGGGAUCUUGAUAAAUUUCACCGGGGACUCGCAGAGGUCCUGGAUGGCAGGGGUCCAGAAGCGGGUGGGCUUGACGGCCACAGUCAUUGCCAGUAUGAAAAAUCUGAAGAUAUCUGGCCUCUCUGUUGCCAUGGGUGGCUUUGUGCAGACUCUCCGUGUACAGGAGCUAGCGGCUGGAGCCCGAUUCCGCGAAAUAAUGAUCAUCGCCGCAGUUUUGGGUUUUAUUCCGUUGCUGAUCGGCCCGCCGUUAACUUUUGCAUUCACUCAAAGAACCUUGGAUGCCUCGAGGAUGUUCACCAGUCUUGCUUUCCUUACGCUUUUGACAAACCCGUUGUCGCAGGUCUUUCAAUCUAUCCCCCAACUUGUCUCUGGAUUAGCGUGUUUAGGCCGAAUCCAGGCCUUCUUGGAAUGCGAGACUCGCCAUGAUUUUCGCCAAGUUCUUGAUGAUAUGAGGCGGAGUGCUGAAAAGACCCGAGCCGACACCGGAACUUUGUCUAGUUCUGAACUGGACUCUAUUCAUUCUCUUGUCAUCAAGAGCGGGAGUUUUGGUUGGGAAGCAGAUAAAUUCGUCUUGAGGAAUAUUAGUACUCGAGUAUCCAAGUCCUCACUCACUAUUGUCGUCGGACCUGUAGGUUCUGGGAAGACCACGCUAUGCAAGGCACUACUUGGAGAAAUCCCUUUCAGUGAAGGCAGCGUGGUUUUGGGUACUAGAUUUCCUCACGUUGGAUUCUGCGACCAAACAGCAUUCCUCUCAAACGGGUCGAUCAAAGAUAACAUCGUGGGAUUCUCUCCACACAAUAACGAGAGGUAUGCAGAAGUCAUUGAGGCUACCUCGCUGAGCUUUGACUUUGCCACGCUGCCACAGGGAGACCGAACAAAUGUUGGUUCGGAUGGAAUCGUCCUAUCCGGGGGCCAGAAGCAACGUGUUUCUCUUGCGCGAGCUCUAUAUUUGCACUCUGAUCUUCUAGUGCUAGACGAUAUCUUCAGCGGCUUGGAUGCGGAGACUGAAGAGAAGGUCUUCCAGCAAGUGUUCGGGCCUGAUGGAAUACUCAGGCGACGGCGCUCUACGGUCGUGCUGUGCACCCACAGCAUCAGGCACCUGCCAGCGGCAGAUCAUGUAAUAGCACUCGGCAACGGAACUAUUGUCGAGCAAGGUAGCUUUCACAAACUGAUGGCCAAUCAAGGAUAUGUUCAACGUCUGGGUUUGAAGGGCUCGUCCGAUAACCAUGCUCCUACCGAGAAAACGACUUCAAAGAAGAGCGCGCAGGAAUCCAAGCCGCAAAUUCUUCACACAACGAUAACCAAUACAUCAUCCACUGCACCGGAUGCGGAUAAAUCCCGGCAAAUCGGCGAUAAAACGGUUUACAAGCAUUAUGUUAAGAGUAUGGGAUUAUUCCUGGCAGUGUGUAGUUUGCUUCUUGGUGCUCUUUGGGGUUUCUUCACAAACUUUGCAACAAUUUGGCUUACAUACUGGACCGAUGACAUCUACUCGGAACAUCCAACGCAAUCUUUCGCUUAUUACGCUGGGAUAUAUGCUUUGCUUCAAAUCUGCGGCUUGAUCUCUCUGCUUCUCCUCGGCAUCGCACUCUUCGUCAUCUCCGUGAAAAAGGCAGGUGCUAGUCUCCACCAGGAUGCCUUACGAACACUUAUUCAAGCACCGCUACACUUCUUCGCCAACACGGAUACUGGAGUCGUCACAAAUCUGUUCUCGCAAGAUCUGAAUCUUAUAGACACGGAACUGCCAGAUGCAACUUUGAACACUCUUUUCUGCGUCUUUCAAACACUCGGACAAGCUGCAGUCAUGCUUACGUCGUCUCUAUACUUGGCCAUAAGCUACCCAUUUAUCGGUGCCCUACUAUACAUCUUGCAAAGGUUUUACCUUCGGACUUCCAGGCAACUGAGGUUGCUAGAUCUUGAAGCAAAAAGUCCCUUGUACACACACUUUCUUGACACUGUUAAGGGCAUUACAACUCUGAGAGCCUUUGGUUUUCUUCCUGACGAUAUCGAAAAGAAUUCUCACUUGAUUAAUACCAGUCAACGACCCGCAUAUCUCCUUCUCAUGAUUCAACAGUGGCUAAACCUCGUUCUCGACCUCGUAGUCAUGGUAAUAGCAGUGGUCAUGACGGCUCUUGCCGUUCGGCUUCACUCUGACUCUGCUUUCGCUGGUGCUUCUAUGUUCUCCCUCAUGAGUUUCGGGGAGAAUAUUUCAGGCAUUGUCACAUUCUACACCAGGCUAGAGACUUCUAUUGGAGCAAUCGCUCGUCUCAAGAUGUUCAACGAUAACGUCAAACCUGAGGAUAGAGAUGAAGAGGACAUUUUCCCCCCUGAACAGUGGCCGCAAAAUGGUGUUGUGGAAUUGAAGGGCGUGUCCGCAAAUUACUUUGCAGAGGACCAACCCGACGGCACGUCUAACUUAGCCCUCCGAAAUAUCCACCUCACUAUCAACACAGGCGAGAAAGUCGCCAUCUGCGGUCGUACCGGCAGCGGAAAGUCCAGCCUUAUCGCUCUACUCCUCAAACUCCUUGAUCCCCUCCCCGAGAUGGCUGGGAACGCAAUCAUCGACAACACGCCGCUACACCGCAUAAACCGGGCUGCACUCCGUGAGAGGAUAAUCGCAGUACCCCAGGAAGCGGUUUUCCUACCAGAUGGGUCCACCUUCCGAGCGAACUUAGAUCCGUCCGAUGUUUCAACGCCCGAGGAAUGUCAAGUUGUGCUUAUCGCCGUGGAUCUGUGGAAGUUCGUCCAGGAGCGGGGUGGCCUAGAGGCAGGCAUGAGCGCGGGGACGCUCAGCGCCGGACAACGGCAACUCAUGUCGCUUGGACGUGCGUUACUGAGACGUUUUAUCCGGGCAAGGAAUGGCUCAGACUGCGGUAUAUUGUUGUUGGAUGAGGUGAGUUCGAGUGUUGACCGCGAGACGGAACGUGUUAUGCAGGAUAUUAUCAGGGUAGAGUUUAAGGACUACACGAUUAUAGCGGUCAGCCAUCGGUUGGACAUGAUUAUGGACUUUGAUAGGGUUGUUGUUAUGAAUACGGGAGAGAUUGUGGAGGUUGGGAAUCCUGCGGUGCUGGCUAAACAGGAGGGGACGAGGUUUGGGGAUCUGGUCAGGGCUGGGGGUGAGUAG